UUAUUUCAUUGUCAUUGACCAUUUCAAUUCUCUUUAAAAAUAUCUCAGCUCCAGCCUUUCCAUUCUAUACCAUUUCUUUCGCCAUCUCGCCAACUCGCGCCACAAGUCAAUCAACUGCACCGAUUUUUCUUGGUCAUGAUCAACUUGCACAUAUUAGGGGCUAAGAUUGUUAAUGGGGUUCUGAAAGAGAUAAAAGAGCAACAUGUAAAGACCAGUGAUCUCUGAAUAUUACUGUAUCCGCUCACUCACUUUCCAAUCUCCAGCCUGCCUACUGUUUUUGCAACCGCCAUGAUCUCUAUGCCACCAUUUCACUUGCUCUGUACCCUGAUAGGGUUGUUGCUUCUUCCCUUGCAUAUCAAUUCAGCUGAUCCAGAUCUCCUGCAGGACUUCUGUGUUGCAGACUUAAAAGCCCCCCUGUCUGUAAAUGGCUUCCCUUGUAAACCUGAGGCAAAAGUAACUUCAGAUGAUUUUUUCUUUGAUGGGUUAAGCAAAGAGGGAAACACAACAAACAUAUUUGGUUGGUCUGUCACUGCAGCAAAUGUCCUUGCCUUUCCCGGCCUCAAUUCUCUUGGAAUUUCCAUGAACCGAGUAGACUUCGCCCCCGGCGGACUGAACCCACCUCACUCACAUCCUCGUGCAACUGAGACUGGUGUGGUCAUUGAAGGGAAGCUACUUGUAGGAUUUGUGACAACUAGCAAUGUGUUUCAUUCCAAAGUAUUGACUGUUGGGCAGAUGUUUGUUGUUCCUAAGGGUCUUGUUCACUUUCAGCUAAAUGUUGGGGAAAGGAAGGCCCUCCUUUUUACAGCUUUCAACAGUCACUUGCCUGGGUCAGCCGUCGUCCCAACAACUCUCUUUGCUUCAAGACCUUCAAUUCCCGAUGACGUGUUAACCAAGGCCUUCCAAGUAGGCAAUGAUGUAAUCGACAACAUAAAAUCCAAGUUUAGUUCUUGAGCGUUCUCGCAUAUUUACGAGGUGAUCCUUGUGCUUGUCUCUGCUCCUUUCCCAUACCCUUCACAACUAAAUUAUCAGAUUGAGGUUAUUGUUCCCAUGUUCUGUUAAUCCUUAUUACCUUCUUUGUUUCUUUCA